UAUAACCAGUAAACACAGCACACACAUGUCGGUACAGCAGCAGCAGUAGUAGUAGUAGUAGUAGUAGUAGUAGUAUUUGUAGUAUUAGUUGUGUAUACUGUCGGUAAACUAACUCGUAGACUCCUGAGUGGUUCAAAUGUCUGAGGCGUCGGACGAAGCUCCUCCUCGUCCGAACUGGAUCCUGCAGCAUCCAGCGUAUCAGCAGAUGAAGGACCUGGAGGUUGAGGACAGCGCUCAGCUGCACGCAGCUUUCCUCGUAUACAUGGAUCUAACGGAGGUGCGUCGGUGGAAGGACGUGUCUAGCCUCAAGAGUCCUGAGCUGCAGUUGGUGUUGUUAGAAGGGAGAGAGAAGGAUGGAGCCCCCAUCCAGACCAUCCUUCCUCUACCUGUUCACCGAUCUCUUUGCCACAGAAGCAUACGACACGUGCUGGACCGAGGCUUUCCCAUGGUGCUGUGUGCGGUGGCAUCGGACUCCACCCUAGUCUACCAGAAGAUGACCGAUGGUUUGGUGACACCCGACCCUCCUGUGGGGCCCUUUCAGGAUGCCGGCCGCCGGCAGCACCGGAAGAGGCGGCAGCAGCACUGAGAAGCUGGAGGGAGGAGGUGAUGAACUGAAGACAGGACAGAAAGACAUUCUCAGUCUGUGUAAGACAGGUGCGACCGGACUCUUCCAUGGGACAUAUGAGGCUACAGCCUGUGAUUCUCUGUUGAUAAAGCCCUUUUCUCAGACAUGUCCUGCAGAUGAUCUCCAGAAAACUGGGACUUUCUCCACACUUUGCCUUUCACAUAUGCACAAAACAGCCGGAGGUACUCUGCUCACACGUGUUCACAACAGCAACCAAUUCCUCACAGGAUUCAGGAGAGGGCAGGAGCAGCAGGCAGGCAGGAUGUCGCCUAUUCAUUCCCCGGUGGAGAUCACAUGAUCGUCUGGGUCUUCUACGUUAAUGGCUCCGUUUUUUCACCAUGAGUUUUUUAUUUGAUUUUUGUCUUUUUUAUUUUUGUGUCUGUCGUGCAUUAGAAGAGUCAUCAACC